AUGAGCGACAUGAAUAUCUUGCAGCAGGUUACCGAACAUGUUAACGAUGCUUCGUGGCGAUUUAGGCAAGAAAGUGGAUUCGAUGUGACUCCUAUGGAUACUUUCAAGCAGAUAGUAAACUUGGCAUUUUCACCAGUCCAGAAUGUCUGGAGGACAGCCAGUUACUGUACACUUCGGGAAAUGUAUGCACCAAAUUUGGGUGAAUUUCGUCGAUCAAAAAGUUUUUCAGCUCUAGCACCUAGCUAUGCAAUACCUUAUGAAGAUCGUCGAGUAGAACGAUAUUUCGGACCGUAUCGAAGUUAUACUCCAAAACAAAGCGAGUGGAAAUUUGUCUUAGAAAAACAUUCCGCACUGAAAAAUUAUGCAAAGCGUUCGCUUAAAAUAAAUGCAAACACAAACGAAAAUAUGUAUAAAGUCGAGAUGAAACCUUGGCGGAAAUUGAACGAUUUCCCUACUUCAACAUCAAGAAUCGACAAUUAUGAAUUGUAUUGGCGAGGUCGUUUAAAAGGUAUUUUCGGAUUAGGUGCGUUGUUUUAUCCAUCAAAUUAUAUUGGUGAAGAAGAUCGACGUUAUGAGCGAAUUUAUUGGGGACAAAGUUGGUUGAAUAAAAUAACGCCAAGUGCGCGACAUGCUACCAAUUUUGUUUUAUCAGCAUAUUGA